AUGAGUGCACAGUCUGUGCUGUGGCAUAUCCUCGGGUUAUUCCGUAAAGGAAGAAAUACAAAGAUAAGUGAAAUAACAGAAGCACUGCAGAUAUCCAGGAAAGAGUGUAUAGAUACGCUAUACUUAGUAGCAGAACAACUAGAUACAAUGGGGUAUGUGCUUAUACCAGGAAGUACUACAAGAACAAAUUUUGAAGGGAAAGUACUAGCACCAGAGGAUACAACAGUGCAGUACACACAAAAAGCAGAGUCUCUGAAAAAAUGUGAUUUUGUGUACAUAGCAAAGAAAAAAGAGUGUACAGACGAUGAAAAUCAGUAUAUAACCAAGUACGUAUCUGAUAUUGUGUAUGUAUACACUGUAAUAUACUUAAACGGGAGUGAAUUACAGUAUGAAAGAGUGCUGAGUGCACUUCAGCAGAUGGGAGGAAGUGAAGAGGUAAUGAGAGAAAUGAUCAGUAAGAAGUAUUUCUAUAAGAAAAAGAAGAAUGAAGAAUAUUUCGUACGGCCUGGGUGGAAGUUCUUCAUGGAAUUUCCCGACUUUUCUCCUGAGGAGUAUUUAGCUGCUAUGAAGUCUUCUUGUGUAUAGAAAUAAAUGCAUAAAUC